GCCGCGCGCCCCGCUCCGCUCCGCGCCCCGCCGCGCCCCGCCCCGCGCCCGCCGCGCCCGCCGCGCCGCCCCCCGCGCCCGCCGCUCCAGCAUGCACGGAGGAUGCUCGCGUCUUGCUCGGGCAGGAAGGGGCCGGAGGGCAGGUACCCGCUGCACUACCUCGUCUGGCACAACCGCGCCCGCGACCUCGACCGGGAGCUCAGCGCCAAGCAGGCCGACAUCGAGCAGCUGGACCCGCGCGGCCGCACCCCGCUGCACCUGGCCACCACGCUGGGCCACCUCGAGUGCGCCCGGGUGCUGCUGAAGCAUGGCGCCGACGUGGGCAAGGAGAACCGCAGCGGCUGGACAGUGCUGCAGGAGGCCGUGAGCACCCGCGACCUGGAGCUGGUGCAGCUGGUGCUGCGCUACCGCGACUACCAGCGAGCCAUCAAGCGCCUGGCCGGCAUCCCCAUCCUGCUGGAGAAGCUGCGCAAGGCCCAGGACUUCUACGUGGAGAUGAAGUGGGAAUUCACCAGCUGGGUGCCCCUGGUGUCCAAGAUCUGCCCCAGCGACACGUACAAGGUGUGGAAGAGCGGCCAGAACCUGCGUGUGGACACCACGCUGCUGGGCUUCGACCACAUGACGUGGCAGCGGGGCAACCGCAGCUUCGUCUUCCGGGGGCAAGACACCAGCGCGGUGGUGAUGGAGAUCGACCACGACCGGCGGGUGGUUUACUCGGAGACGCUGGCCCUGGCCAGCCACGACCAGGAGGUGCUGCUGGCUGCUGUGCAGCCCACCGAGGAGCAGGUGAUGGGGCGGCUCACGGCGCCCGUCGUCACCACGCAGCUCGACACCAAGAACAUCGCCUUCGAGAGGAACAAGUCCGGGAUCCUGGGCUGGAGGAGCGAGAAGACGGAAAUGGUGAACGGGUAUGAGGCCAAGGUCUACGGCGCGUCCAACGUGGAGCUGAUCACGCGGACGCGGACGGAGCACCUCUCGGACCAGCACAAGGGCAAGAGCAAAGGCAGCAAGACCCCGCUGCAGUCGUUCCUGGGCAUCGCCGAGCAGCACGUGGGGCCCAACAACGGGACGCUGAUCACGCAGACGCUGAGCCACACCAACCCCACCGCCAUCACGCCCGAGGAGUACUUCAACCCCAACUUCGAGCUGGGCAACAGGGACAUGGGGCGGCCCAUGGAGCUCACCACCAAGACGCAGAAGUUCAAGGCCAAGCUGUGGCUGUGCGAGGACCACCCGCUGUCCCUGUGCGAGCAGGUCGCCCCCAUCAUCGACCUCAUGGCAAUAAGCAACGCGCUCUUCGCCAAGCUGCGCGACUUCAUCACGCUGCGCCUCCCGCCCGGCUUCCCCGUCAAGAUCGAAAUCCCCAUCUUCCACAUCCUCAACGCCCGCAUCACCUUCGGCAACCUCAACGGGUGUGACGAGCCCGUCAGCUCUCUGCGCCACAGCCCCAGCAGCGAGGCGCCCUCGCCCAGCAGCGACUCCUCCAGCGUCAGCAGCUCCAGCUCCCUGACCUCGUGCCGGGCGUGCGAGAUGGACCCGUCGCUGUUCGAGGUGCCGCGGGGCUACAGCGUGGUGGGCAGCCACCAGGACGCCCUGCGCGAGGACGAGGACGACCUGCUGCAGUUCGCCAUCCAGCAGAGCCUGCUCGAGGCCGGCAGCGAGUACGACCAGGUCACCAUCUGGGAAGCGCUGACCAACAGCAAGCCGGGCACCCACCCCAUGUCGCACGAGGGCCGCCGGGGAGACAGGACUCCCCAGCACACGGCAGCGCCCCGGCCGCCCGGGCCACCGGUGCCGGGGGGGGCGGCGGGCCCGGGGCCGUUCCCCAGCUACGCGGAGCAGCUGCGGCUGGCCAUGGCGCUGUCGGCGCGGGAGCAGGAGGAGGCCGAGCGCCGGACGCGCCAGGAGGAAGAGGAGCUGCAGCGGAUCCUGCAGCUCUCGCUGACGGAGAAGUGACCCCGUGCUGAGCCCCCCCCCCCCCCCCGGCUCCGCGCCCCGGGGAUGGGGACGGGGACGCGGCCGUGCCCGGGGACAUGCAGCCACACCGGACCGGCGGGGGGGGCUGGUGCUGGCAGCGCGCGGAGCCACGGACUGGGGGGGGGCAAAUGGUGCAGAGGCCAAAGUGGGGGUGGGUGGAGGGCAGGAUUUGGCCCCCGCAGCUGGGGUGGUGAGGAAGGGCCGGGGUGGGUGCGGGGGGCUGAGCCCCACGGCAGGGGCAGCACCGGGGGCAGCGGGGACGGCGGGGGGGGGGGGCAGCCCCACAGACUGCACCCCUCACCCCGGGCAGCCCCCCCCGCCGUGCUGUGGGCCCCUUGGGGGGGGGGGGUGCAUCCUGCCCUAGAGCUGUGGGGCUGGCGGCUGGGCCCCCUUGGCCAGGCGCUAUCAAGUGCACUUACCCGGGAGCUGCUCUGCCUGCCACAGGGGGGGGCUCAGCCCCACUGCGCCCCACAGCAGCGCGGGGAUGCACUGCCCCCCCCCCCCCCCCCGGGGCUGUGCCCCCUUUGCCACCCUGUGGCGGGGAUGGGCUGGGGCAGCCGGGGCAGCCAGGGCGGGGGGGGGGGGGGUCACACUUCUCCCCCUGCUCCAGCCCCCGCUUGGCUGCGUCUGCCCCCCCCCCCCCCGGCAGCACUGCACCCUCCUCCCCCCCGGGCACUGACCCCCCGAGAAACCUUACGUCAAAUGGUGCUAACCCCGGGCCCCACACCGCCCUGCCGGGGGGCCACCGGGGCCACCGGCCCCCCCCUUUGCACACGGGGCCGAGGGGCGGCGGGGCCGAGGGGUGCCGGGGGCUGCCGGGCUCGCUCCCGCGGGCCGGGCCUGGGACUUUUCGUAGCGACCCACGCCGGCGGCCCCCCCCCGUGCCCCCCUUCCACCCUGUGCACCCCCGAGCGACGUCUGGGCCAGGGCCGAGGGGAGCCCGAGCAGCUCCGACCGCGGCCACCACCAAUAAAUGCUCUUUAACGUU